UCGAGCAUGAGUUGGAAAGAAAGCUGUUUGCAUACCAAUCUCCCUCAAAGAAGGCAUGACCAAAUUGCGGGCUGUAAAUUCUAAGGGCUCUGGAUUUUAUUAGGUGAAGGCUGAAGCCUGUUGUUCCCUUCGUACGAUAGGCUAUCUCCGAUCUAAUCGCAUCUUUUACUCUUGGUUGUAGGCAUCUAAUUUUAAAAAAUAGCCUACAAACAAAAACAUAAUCCAAUUCAUCACUUUGUGGAGUACAGUAGGCUACAGCUCACGCACGAAUUGUGGACUAAGCUGCAUUUUGAGCUGAUGAAAAGUUGUGAGGGUCUGAAGCAGAGAGUCUACACGUUCCUCCUCCAGCUGAAAGAAGAGACUCUGACAGGCACACAUGGGGAGUGGAGAGGCUUCAGCGAGAGGCACGGCCAUGGAGGGGGACUGCCUCAGCUGCAUAAAAUACCUCAUGUUCGUCUUCAACUUCUUCAUCUUUCUGGGGGGGUCCUUCCUGCUGGGUGUGGGCGUUUGGGUGCUGGUGGACCCCACGGGUUUCCGGGAGAUCGUGGCUGCCAACCCCCUCCUCUUCACCGGCGUCUACGUCAUCCUGGCCAUGGGCGGCAUGCUGUUCCUGCUGGGGUUCCUGGGCUGCUGCGGGGCCAUUCGGGAGAACAAGUGCCUGCUGCUGUUCUUCUUCAUGCUCAUCCUCAUCAUCUUCCUGGCAGAGCUGGCUGCCGCCAUCCUGGCCUUCAUAUUCCGUGAGCACCUCACGCGAGAGUACUUCACCAGGGAGCUGAAGAGGCACUACCAGGGCUACAACAACACCGACGUCUUCACCUCCACCUGGAACGCCAUCAUGACCACAUUUGACUGCUGCGGAGUGAACAGCCCAGAAGACUUUGAGGACAGCCUCUUCAGGCACCUCAACCCGACCGACAUGGUGCCUGAGGCCUGUUGCCAGAGGAACAGUCACCCUGGAGACGUGGCCUACAUCAGCAAAGAGGAGUGCCUAAUGGGCAGUAUGCUGUUCCGCCACAAUAAGGGCUGCUACUCAGCGGUGGUGGACUACUUUGAGACAUACAUCUACGUGGCAGGAGCACUAGCCAUUGUGGUCCUGACUAUUGAACUCUUCGCCAUGGUGUUCGCUAUGUGUUUGUUCAGAGGGAUCCAGUAGGUUUGGCUUACAGUAAGGAAGGACUUUUCCAAAGGGAAAGGAUGAGAGAAGGCUUGUAAAAUAUAAAGGAGAGUUUUCUUUUGGUUUUUAGUUGUUUUGUUUUAUACUGGCAAAUCGGGAAUCUCGACAACGACCAAAUGACUCGUACUUCUCAGCUGGACCUUUGAGGUACUGGGCACACUGUAAAAAAAUAAAAUAAAGCAGAAAUUAAGUAACAAAACAAGGGCAAAGUGGACCAGUUGACGACGGCAACUACUGCAUUUUCCAAGCAAGAAUGGAGAAGGGCACUGCACUGACAUUUGGAUGAAGAAUAUUUAUACUGAGGAAAGUUGGCUUAGUUGUAUAAAAGUUUGUGUUCAUGUAUAACUUGGAUGUACCCCCACAACCCAACAACAUAUGGCUGUCCCCCCUCCUCCCAUCUGUCCCACACACCCCCUUAUAAGAGCCGCACUUGUUUAAUGUUGCCCUGUUUCAGAGAUAUUUUACAAAGGGUGUUUGUGUGUCUCUUUGCCCCUACCCCUGCUUGGAAGCCAACUUCUGGUGCAUUUUUUUAUUGUAUUGUGAUGGUCAUUGCCAUAGUGAUUAUUAUAUGUGAUUUUAGCUGAAAUGUAUUGGUAUGCAUUUGUAUUAGAAUGUAUAAAAAUAUUGAUGCUGAUGGUAAUAUUAAUAAAAAGAUUAUGUAAUGUGCUUGCACAUGGAUUCUUUGUGUAAAGGCAUAAAAGUGAAUUGCUUUGUCAUGGUGAUUUCCCAUUUUUGCUCUUUUAAAUGACACCUGUUGAAUUGCAUUUUUGUCCUUGCUUUUAAACAAAAUUGUGUAAAUACAGUUUCACUUUUAAUGUUUGUAACUUAUACCCAUAAUUCUGGAUGUAUGCUGUUAAAUGCUAUGCUUUUUUAUGUACUGUACAGUUCAAAAAUAGAAUGUCUAUCUUCUGAUCUACCCUUGGAAACUGACGACUAAAAUCCUUAUGCACAAUUACCCACAGCCAGUACAUCCAUACAGUAUAUUGGUUCUUAUUCCUCGUGUGAAUCACAGCCAGUACAUCCGUACAGUAUAUUGGUUCUUAUUCCUCGUGUGAAUCAGGCUGUAGAAGUGCUCUCCACACGACGGGGGGAAAGGUCUCUGAGGUGCCGUGUUCUGUAUUUCCCCAUUGUGUCCCAUCAGUGUUUUUUUAUGUGUCGUAUGAUCAUUAAAGCUCAUGGCACUUAGAGCAAUGCGUAGAGGGUUCCCUGGGCAUCGGGCCAAAUCCCCGGCUUCCUCAGCCUGGCUAUCUAAUCAACCCCUGGUCCCCCUGGUUUAAUAAUUCUCUCUCCUCACUUCAGUCGAUGUGUAGCCAUGUGCAGUACCAUUCUGGAACAAAAUGGCUGCCAUGCAUAAGCCAGGGCUCUUCCCCACGUCUCUGUAAAGGAGCAGUGGCAGCUGCUCGGCUGAAAAUGGAAGGCAGAAAACAUCCGCUUAAACUGAUUAUUGGUCUUAACCUAUUUUCAAUCAUUUUCCUUGAAUGGCAAGUUUGCCAGUGAUCUAAAGAAUCCACUGGCAGGUAAACAUAUGGCUUCUUAUUCACACCAUAUUAGGGAGAUAAAAUUUCAAUUUAGACAAAUAUGUUUUAUUCGGUAAUAACACAAAAAACUAUAAAAACACUGUUAACUACUGUACCAUGUUGCAAUAAAGCCUAUCUAACCUGUA